GGUGGUGGCGGUGGAAGUGUCGGUGGUCGACGUGCACCGAGUCUACGAUUGGUAAAUGGAAGAGCUACCACCGGGAUCAGUUUACACACCAGCAGCACAGAAUCCGUACGUUCGCCUCAUCACCACCUCGGUUGUCAGAGCGCCAACAACAACAACAACAACAACAACAAUAAUAAUAACAACAAUAAUAACAACAAUAAUAAUAAUAACAACAACAACAACAACCACAAUAACAAUAACAACUGCCACGCCGGUAACAACCCCGCCGCGAACAAUCAUCCAAGACUCAACAAAGAUGACAGCAUCAAGAUUAGCAUCGAGAAUACCAACACUUGUACGGACAGUCUUGUCACCGCUUUAGACGACGAGGCGCUGCUCAUCACUGACUUCUUGGGCGAUACAGGCAACGAGAUGAAUUACAAAGGCAGCGGAAAAGUCCACUUCGGAGUGGACGAUGUGUCCCUCUAUGGGACGCCGAAAGAGGAACCGGGCCCGGGUCUACCGGGCCAGGAGGUUAAACAGAGCUUCCUUAAGAAUCAGCUUCAAGCCCUCUUUCAGCCGACAGACAACAAGCUUGCGAUGAAACUCUUCGGCAGCAAGAAGGCACUUAUGAAGGAAAGGAUCAGGCAAAAGGCGGCGGGUCACUGGGUCAUCCAUCCUUGCUCCAGUUUCCGAUUUUACUGGGACCUCUGCAUGCUCCUCCUUUUGGUUGCUAAUUUGAUAAUUCUGCCAGUUGCCAUUAGUUUUUUCAAUGACGACCUAAGCACUAGGUGGAUAGCCUUCAACUGCCUUUCCGACACGAUAUUCCUCAUAGACAUCGUCGUAAACUUUAGAACUGGUAUAAUGCAGCAAGAUAACGCCGAACAAGUGAUAUUGGAUCCCAAGUUAAUCGCUAAACACUACCUCAGGACUUGGUUCUUUCUCGACCUCAUCUCAUCCAUACCACUAGACUAUAUUUUCCUCAUUUUUAAUCAAUUUCAGGACUUCAGUGAGUCCUUCCAGAUCCUGCAUGCUGGACGUGCUCUCAGGAUUCUCAGGCUUGCAAAACUGUUAUCCCUCGUUAGGUUACUACGCUUGUCAAGACUGGUGCGGUAUGUCUCGCAAUGGGAAGAGGUCUAUAUCCCCCUUUAUCAACAGCCGGAGAGGCACUACGAGCGUCGGGCGACACCGCCCCAACCAGACCGAACCAGCAAGAUAUUGCAGAACCUACAAAAAAAACGCACUGAGCGGAGGGGGCGCCUAAGUUCUGACAAUAUGAGUAAAAAGAAGUCCGGUUUCAGCAAAAGCGACCUUAUUUUUAAGUUCCUGAAUAUGGCGUCGGUGUUCAUGCGGAUUUUUAACCUGAUCUGCAUGAUGCUACUGAUCGGCCACUGGAGUGGUUGUUUGCAAUUUCUCGUACCCAUGCUUCAAGGAUUUCCCAGUAAUUCAUGGGUCGCCAUUAACGAAUUGCAAGACUCGUUUUGGCUCGAGCAAUAUUCCUGGGCCCUCUUCAAAGCGAUGUCGCAUAUGUUGUGCAUAGGUUAUGGUAGAUUUCCGCCGCAAUCGUUAACGGACAUGUGGCUUACGAUGCUCAGUAUGAUCAGCGGUGCUACUUGUUACGCGCUUUUCCUGGGACAUGCGACGAAUCUUAUUCAGUCUCUUGAUUCCUCGAGAAGACAAUACCGUGAAAAGGUGAAACAAGUGGAAGAAUACAUGGCCUAUCGCAAACUACCGCGGGAAAUGAGGCAGAGAAUUACCGAAUAUUUCGAGCAUCGAUACCAAGGCAAAUUUUUCGACGAAGAAUUGAUACUUGGCGAACUAUCGGAAAAACUCAGAGAAGACGUAAUAAACUACAACUGCAGAUCGCUCGUCGCCUCUGUGCCAUUUUUUGCUAACGCCGAUUCAAACUUUGUCUCGGAUGUGGUCACCAAAUUGAGAUACGAGGUCUUCCAACCAGGUGACAUUAUUAUAAAGGAAGGUACCAUCGGCUCGAAAAUGUACUUCAUACAAGAAGGCAUUGUCGAUAUUGUUAUGGCAAAUGGCGAAGUGGCUACUUCCUUGUCAGACGGUUCUUAUUUUGGAGAAAUUUGUUUGCUGACUAACGCAAGGAGAGUGGCCUCGGUCAGGGCGGAAACCUAUUGCAACCUCUUCAGCCUCUCGGUGGAUCAUUUCAACGCCGUAUUGGAUCAGUAUCCACUUAUGCGUAGAACCAUGGAAAGCGUUGCCGCCGAGAGGUAUAAACUUUGGUUAAACAAAAUCGGUAAGAAUCCUAACUUGGUCGGGCACCGGGAAGAGGAUCUUGGCAGCGAAUCAAAAACGAUAAACGCAGUGGUGAAUGCGCUCGCGGAACAGGCAGCGCAUGCCAGUGCCAGCGAAGAAUCGGUGCAUAGCAUGGAACUCCGUACGAUGCCAACGUGUCUUCUACCGAGGCCAAAGUCCGAAAACAAUUUUGCAAGUCAAGAGCUUACGAGGGAAGGACGUAGAGUCUUCCACAAGAGCGAUACCUUCCACAAGGACUCGUAUCAAUGACGACACUCAUUAUACUAGCACACGGAGAGAUACUAAUGGCUCCUCGCUAAAAUCUGGGUCUUUUUCCUGCGAAAUCAAAGACGCUAUUAUCAUCAGUUUAUGUGCCGAUUACUGGACGAUAACCUUUACGAUUAGGUGAAAACGGUCUACAUGUAGUGAUACGCCAUGCCAAUAGUCUUUUUAGCGAUCGGUUCCUAGCGCCUUUUCUAUUUUAUUCUCUCGUCCAAAAAUUAGUUCAUAAAUAAUUGUCAAUGAGAAAAAGACCCAAUACUCCAAUCAGCAACAACGUCACGUCACGUCGACCGCAAUUCUGUCAAUCAACUUUUGAUUCUGUCAACUUCUUCUGUGACUUUGUUCUACGUGUUGUUGCCUUUUUAAUCGCACGUUGACGCACGUGCCUACGCACACUUUUGUCUCUAUAUUAUACAUACAUAUAUAUAUAUAUAUAUAUUUCAUCUCUCUGUAUGAUAACGUAUUAUAUUAUUUUACUUUGUAAUUACAUCUUUAAUUAUAUUUUAUCUCUUAACAAAGUAUCCUGACUGCAAUAACAAAAAUGUCAUUAAAAGAGAACAUAUAUAUAUAUAUAUACAUAUAUAUGUAUGUAUUUAAAAGUAAUUUUUAAAAAAAGGCCAACAAAAGAAAUGAAAAACUACACGAGACCGUUAAUAAACGCGAGACGUCAACGCAAAAAAAAAAAAAAAAAAGACGUCAAGAUUAACAAGAAAAUGAAGCGAUCAAAGGUGCGUUUGAAUUUUCCUACUUAUCAUACUUGUAAAAAUUCACGAAUAGUGCUGUAAAUAUAUUAUUGUUACGAAAUGAUAAACGUAUCUUUGACGCUAAAGAUUUAAAAAACAGAUUUACAAUGUUGCAAUGAAAACGUUCAAAAAAAAAAAAAAACAAAAAACAAAUUCAAAAGAAGUUUUCUCAAAAAAGUUAAACGAUAUUAAAUGUAACUAUGAUUUUGUUUGAUACGAUUUCGUAAUAUGUCAAUAAUACCGAGGGUGGAACUAUCGGAGACAAAAAUGUCAACUGAUUGGCUUGAAAAAUCUAACAAAACGAAAGGGCUACUUUUUUUAACCUAACCAACGCCAAGUUUAGUAGAAAAUUCACAGAAGAAGUAAAACCUCUGUCACAUAAUCGCUAGUUGUAUGCCAUAUUGGAGAACGUGGAGCCCCAAGUACGUGCCGCGAGCUUCUUCAUAUCGUAAUUCACCAAUUCAACAUCUCUUUCUAAAUCGCGCUACACACGAUUACGCGAGAGAAGAAGAAAAAUAAACAAUUAACAAACGGAUGAAGAUCUCGUAGACGACAAAAACUAAAAAAAAAACACAAAAAACAACAGCAGGCCUAGAUAAAAAAAAAAAAAAAACGUUUGUAGAG